AUGAGUUCCCACCAGCAGAAGCAGCCCUGCACUGUACCCCCUCAGCUGCACCAGCAGCAAGUGAAACAGCCUUGCCAGCCACCACCCCAGGAACCUUGUGCCCCCAAAACCAAGGAUCCCUGCCACCCUGUUCCUGAGCCCUGCAACCCCAAGGUGCCAGAACCUUGCCAGCCUAAGGCACCUGAGCCCUGCCAGCCUAAGGCACCAGAGCCAUGCCAGCCUAAGGUGCCAGAGCCCUGCCAACCUAAGGUGCCAGAGCCCUGCCAGCCUAAGGCACCUGAGCCAUGCCAGCCUAAGGUGCCAGAGCCCUGCCAGCCUAAGGUGCCAGAGCCCUGCCAGCCUAAGGCGCCUGAGCCCUGCCACCCAGUUGUUCCAGAGCCCUGCCCCUCAACUGUCACUCCAUCACCAUACCAGCAGAAGACAAAGCAGAAGUAAUAUUGUCCACAGCCAUGCCCGAAGACCUGAUCACCAGAUGCGGA